AUAACAUACAGAUGUUAUUAUAAUUGUGUGGCGUCAAUACUUCAUUUGUGUAUGAUUGUUUGGUGUGCGAGAUGAGAACAGUACACUGAUAAGGAUGACAUAGAAAUACAAAACAUCCUAGCGACUGUUAUCUCCAGACUUCGGGGACACUCUUCUCCCCGGGUUGAGGAGCCUGACCCUGAAGACUGGAUAAAUAACUGAUGCUCUUUUCCCUCGGUACUCAUUCAGAGCAGAUUAUACUGAUGUAUGUUUUUGCUGCUGUGAGUCCGUCUGCAGACGCUUGAAGUAAACCUACAGGAAGACAAGUGAUUGCUUUGAGUGUUUCUUUAUUCCGAAGAAAUUGCCACUACAAUUUGGCGUUGUCAGCAUUUUCACUCGUGUGAGAGGACUUGGGCGCUCGGAGCGGCAGGUUAAGACCGUGCACGGCUGGAGUCUGGGACUCUGUACCUCAACCUCCCCGGCAAGGAAGGGUGGAGACAAGGGGGCCUGCUGCCCUGGGUGUCCGAGGCUCGCUCACCGCUGUGAUCCAGUGAACCUAGUGGCUGUGGCAGCACUCUCUUUCUGGUGAGUUUAUUCAAGGGGGCCCGGGGUAUACCGAUUCUCACUACUGUGCAGGGUGUGCGUGACAGACGUGUCAGCAGGGCAGGUCUGGGACCGCUGUGUGAAUCAUUGCAGUAUUUGGCCAAAAUUUUCACUGUCAGACAGGGUGUUUCUUACAGACCGGUUCUUUUCUGCAAUUCUUUUCUACACACUCAUUGGGUUCCCUCUUGGGUUAUUUAAAGAUUCGUAGUUUGGAACUCAUCUUUAAAAAAGAGGAGGAGUGAAUGUGUGAAAGGAAAAUUAAUAGAUAAAAAACAAAAACAAAAAAACAAACAAAACAAAAAAUAAAAUAAAAUAAUUAAAAAACUGAGUAAGUAAAAGGUGUGAAUGCCAAACGGAUGAUCUGGGAAGGCAAUAAAACAGGCCGCUCUUAAAGACAUUGAAGGGUUAAUUUAUUUAUUUUUUUUUGGUUUGUUUUCAAGUAAGUCUGUAAACUAUCUAACUGUCUUUCCCCUAGCAGCCAGCUUCAAGGUCCUUUUUUUUCUUUCCUCUUAACUGUGGCAGAAGCGCUCCUAAGAAUCCAGCCAAAAUAUUAAAAAGCACAAAGAGGCCAUUUAAAACACCAAAUGAAGUUAUUAUAGUUGGGGAAUCCGGGUUAAAGAAUAAAUAUGGGUUCUAACAAUAACAAAACUUCUGAGCAUGAAAGAUCAAAACUGCUAUCACCAGCUUCUCUCUCAGACAGACAGAGAUAUUAAAAGGCAAAUUAGAAGAGAAAGAACAAGUCACUCAAAAGAAAAGAAAUAAGCAAUUUAAAGCAGACUGGAAGGCUUAUGCUUGUUGGCAGCAUGAAGCCCAUAUCAGGGAUAAAAAAAUAAAUAAGGCAGGGACAGAUCAGCCAAACACCUCUGUGUCUCAGUAUGUCCCACAGUGCGCCAAGCUGGAUCUGGACCUGGACUCGGCCCCCAUCAAAGGAAGUCAGCCUCAACAACGAGCAGCAGCAGCUACAGCAGCAGCUACAACAGCAGCACCAGCAGAGGCACAGCCACCAACUGUGGCCUCAAUAUACCCGGACGAGGCAACAGGAGGACCAGGAUCAUUUAUUCCCGCACCUCCAACACCCAAAGAGGCCUACAAAUCACAUUGGGGUGACCCAAACACCCUCAAUCGCCCUUCCAGCCCUCAUCGCACUCGAAGCAACAAAGAAUUCCGGCCCAGAUCAAACUCCUGCACCUCCUUAAAAGCGAUUGCACCGAUGAUGGAGGUAGCAGCAGGAGAUGGUACCUCACAACUGAUUUUCAUACCAUGGACAUAUGCUGACCUGGGAGUAUGGUAACUUGGAGACCAUAGAGAGACACGCUAUCCAUGCAGAAAAAUUCCUCAAAGAUGAGCAAAGGAAGAAAAGUACGCAGCUGACGGACAGAUUACAGAUGGCGCAGCUGAGGGCGUAUGAGAAUCAGAACAGAGGCUGGGACCAAGGCCGACGAGGACGUGGAGAAAGGGGAAGACGACGAGGAAGGUUUCAAAUGUGGCAAAAUGGGACAUUGGGCAAAAGAUUGCCCCAAGAAUCACGAGCAGGCUGACUGACUAGAUGGGGUGUCGACGCCAGGUCGGGAAGGAGCUGGCUUGAACACUGAACUGGAGACGACAGAGCAUUCUUCACAUCAGUUACGUAAGAGCACCCACACUGACACAAAAGAGCAUGUGAACACACAACACACAGACAACUGCGUGCAUGAGACACCGACACACACACAGACAUUGAUAAGUGAGGCUAUCUCUUACCUUGAGCACACACAAGCCACUGAUGACAAAGCCUCAGCAGAGAUAUACACCGAAUAUGAUGCAUACAAAUGCAUGCCUGAACACACAAUCAAUGUUGCUGGAAAAGAUAUUGUUUUUCUUGUGGAUUCUGGUGCGACUGAUUCUGUCAUUAGAGAGUCAGAAUUUGCAGUCCUUCCAAAGAUGAGUGGCAGAUUUGUGAGGACAGUAGGAGUUUCAGGAACACCCCUGGUGGAAAGGUAUACCACACCAUUGCCAUGCAGUGAAGAAAUUGAGAAACACUUUAAACAUUCAUUCUUGUUAUCUAAACGAUGCCCGAUCAAUAUUAUUGGAAGAGAUAUGAUGAUAAGAUUAGGAAUUAUUCUGAUUUCCACUCCCGAAGGCAUCAUUGUAGCCAGAAUUUCUGACACUGCAUCACAAUAUGUGAAACACAGUAGCAUGGAGCUGAUGUACUCUUAUCAAUGGAAAGUGCCUCACACAGCUGCUGGCUCUGUAAAUAACACUCUGAUUACCGAGGUCACAGCUCUCUUUCCAGACAACUAUACACGAAUAGAUAUCAAGUCGCCACAAGAGUUACACUGCACAUCACAUGUACAUCUUGGGGUUGAUAAACAUUUUGAGGACACAUGGUUCAGGCAAGACAAAGAGAGAAACACACUAAAGCUGACCUGGUUGUACCGGAAUGAUAAAAGAUGCACUGUCUCAGUAGCUUUCAAUGACCCACUGUGUAAAGCUUUGUUUCAGGUCCCUAACACAUAUCCUCAUGUCCCCCUGGUCAAAGCAAAGCAGGAUACAUGGGAAUGCUUGGGCCCUUGGACCAGACGUUGUGAGGAAGCUGCUGGUUGGGUAAAGACAUCAGACUCGGGUGGAUUUUCACAACCAACUUCAGCAGGAGUGAUUAUUCCAUGCGCAAAAUCUCCAGUCCGGACACCUAUUUUCCCCGUACGGAAACUCCGGGACGCCGGAGAACCACAACAUUGGAGAUUCGUGCAGGACUUGCAGGCGGUAAAUGCAGCAGUACAUGCAAGAGCACCCAAUGUUCCCAACCCACACACAAUACUCUCACAGGUGCCACCUGGGAGUAAGUGGUUUUCAGUUGUUGACCUGGCUAAUGCAUUUUUCAGCAUCCCAGUGGAUCCUGACAGCCAGUAUUGGUUUGCGUUCUCUUUUGAAGGUAAGAGUUUCACAUUCACCAGACUUGUCCUGGAAUCUUUAAUGAUGCGUUAAAAACAAUUUGGAAAUGUUGAAAUUGACAGAAGGAAGUGCGCUGCUACAAUAUGUAGAUGACCUUAUGAUCUGCUCAAAAACAAGAGAAGCUUGUGUAAAAGACACACUAGCUCUGCUCAAUCACCUUGCAGAUAUUGUACAUGGGAAAGGUCUUGCAGCAAAAGACAAAGUCCACUGGACACCAGAAGCGGAGAAGGCUUUUGUGGGCUUAAAGCUGGCCCUCCAGACACCCCCAACGCUUGGUCUCCCUGACAGUAACAGACCUUACA